AGCCCCAUUACUUUGAUUUCGUAAGGUAGGCGUUCAUUGGCACUGGUUGAUCAUUAGUCAAACUUGAUGGAUACGUUGGGUAGGUAGGAAGCAUAGAAUAGAUUGCAAACACUUUGGAUGGCUUGUUGUGGACAAGACAAACAGGCCAAGAAAAAUGAGGUAUCUCCCAUGAAUGGAAGCAGUAAGUCAGACCUGUCUGAUGUGUCAGACGACAACAGGUCCGGCAUCCGCGGUGUCUUCACUGACUUCGCGGAGAAAACGUCCGUGAGCGGGAUUCCUUUCAUUCGAGACUCCACGUCCAAAAUAGUUACAGGCAUAUGGUCAGUUCUGCUGAUAGCUGCCAUUGGAGCCAUGAUCUAUCACUUAUACAGCCUGUUCGCAAGAUAUUUUGACUACACAAAACACGCGGAGAUAGACAUGAGCUUUGCCGUCUUGACGUUUCCGGCCAUAACUAUCUGUAACGUGAAUAUAAUGAGAUACUCCAAAUUAAAUAAUGCGUCCCAAGAAAUUCAAGAUUUAGUGGCAUCUAUCAAAGUGAAAUACGACACUGUCCUGGCUGCUGAUGACUACACUGAUCUAAACAAUAUUGAUACAACAAACAUCACCAUUGAUGAAUAUGACCCACAACUAGGAGACUACUAUCAGGGUGUAGACGAUAGUGCACCUUCAGAUGUUGACACUUCGGUGUUUGGUAAAGCAGAAAGCAAGUUCCAGGAUUUAUUCAGUUAUAUGGACACAGAAACACAAAGAUACACUGGACACCAAAUUGACGACUUAAUAGUUUCUUGCACUUUUGGAGGGGCAGCCUGCCGCAAUUUCAGAAAUUUUACACAAACUACAACUGCUAGUUAUGGCAAUUGCUACACUGUUGAAAACAAUAAAUUCAUUGCUCGUAGAAGUGGCCCCGAUGGAGGUCUCGAGCUAGUUCUGUUCCUUGAGAUUGAUGAAUACAUUCCUGGGAUCACGUCAGGCCAAGGUGCACAGAUCGUCAUUCACGAGCAAGGAACAUACCCGUUCCCAGCCGAGGGCAUCUCUAUAUCUGCAGGCGAUCAAACGGUUAUUGGCAUUAAACAGAUGAAAAUUAACCGUCUUGGUGAUCCGUACAACGAAUGCACACAACCCGAGGACACCAUAUCCAGUAAAUACAGCUACACGAGAAAUCUGUGCCAGAAGAAGUGUCUUCUACUGAAGAUCAUCCAGACCUGCAAGUGCUACUACCAGGAGUACCAGAGCCUGAACAGUAUUCUCAAUGUCUCAUCCACCACAAAGUCUUGCAAGACGGCUGAACAGAACAAAUGUCGGGCGAAUGUCACUGCAAAAUUCAACGAUGAGGAAAACAGCUGCAACUGCUACAACCCUUGCAGCGAGAGUGUUUAUGAACAAAGCAUCUCUUAUAGGCAAUGGCCAAACAAAGCAAUGGCGAAAUAUCUGAUUGGUCAGGUCUGUCAAAACAAAACAGCACUGUGUUCGCUUUUAUGGAACAAAUCUAUGGAGGAGUUACAAUAUAAUUUCCUGAAGUUGAACAUUUAUUUCCAAGACUUGAACUACGAAGAAAGAACUGAACAGCCCAAUUACGAGUUCACUUCUCUGCUGGCUGAUAUUGGUGGCACCAUUGGUCUGUGGAUCGGUCUGUCUAUACUCUCCUUCUGUGAGGUAUUUGACCUUCUGAUGAGACUUGUUCAUUAUGCCCUUUGUGGCCGGAGAAAUUAAGUUGACCUCACAGGAAAGCCCAAGUUGAUAUACAAGCAGGAUUUAAAAGUGAGAUUGACGAUUUGAUACUGGAUCAAGUCAAUUAUUUAUCAGAUGAACAACAAAGUCUUGUGUUAGGAAUAUAAGAAUUGGAUUUAGAACUACAAAGAUUAUUUAUUCAUUUUUUUUUUAGUAAAAUCAUCGUUUUUAGAUUCAAUAAACAUUCACCAUUUCA